CCUGUUCGAAACUUUGGUGGUGCCUCUCUCACCGUAAGUACACCAGUUUACUCUCGUUGGUUGGUUGAAAUGACGUUUUCCCCAUCCGGAACAUGGAUUCCAAAACGAGGCCUUUACACCUUAGCCUUGUACCUGUUGGAAAAUACGCUCAACUUCACAUCAAUCCACAUGCAGGCGACAGGAGGUGGCACAGGUCACAGGACCAUCGUUAAUGGAACACCGACAUGGUUCGGCACUGUCGGUGACGUACUUUCCAACAAGGCAGAUAUCGGUCACGCAACGGCCCAAACUUUCGCCCGGUGUGAAGUUGUCGAUCCAAGUUUUCCAAUUGUGGAAGCUUGUCUCACCUUCUCGACCGGGUUACCAAUCCCGUUUUAUUCAUGGCGUGGUGUUUACCAGCCUUUGUCGAGAGAGGUGUGGAUGGGCGUCGGUGUGUCGGUGAUGGUUGGCUGGGUCACAUUCAUAGUGUUAGCCAGGUUGGAGUAUCGUCAUCAGAGGGUUUGGAAGCCAAGCAUUCUGCUGGAAUACGCCUUUGCAACUCUUUUGGAGCAAGAUCCUCCAUCCUUGACAAGGAACCCGUCCAGUUCCCACGCACUCAGAACCUUCACAAUUUUCUGGCUCAUGUUCACCAUCCUGGUCACGACAGCGUAUCGGUCCACACUCGUCACGUUUCUCGCCUUUCCCAACAUGGAACAACCUCCCGAGACCUUUGAGGAGCUACAAAGUUCAACUUACGCUAUUGGUUUGCAGUACAUUAAAGGCGCGGCGUAUCAGCUACUGAAACAUUCUAAGAAUCCUACAUAUGCAGGAAUUUUCAAAAGAAUGAGCUUGGAAGAAGAUGAUGUCGCAUGUUUUCUAAAAUCAGUUAAAUCUCGUUACGCCUGCAUUUCUUGGGACUCGAUCGCAGAGUUUGUGAAACAUCGAAACUUGACCGACAAAUAUGGCCGAAGUCCAGUCCUACGGUCGCCUUCGUGCACGUUUGGUAUCGUUGCUGGCUUGGUCAUGGAGAAAAGGGCGAUUUUUAAGACGGAAAUUGACCAAGUUUUCAGAUGGAUGGUGGCAGGUGGGAUUCUCAACAAAAUGAAUGAUUUGGACGUUCAGUUUAUUCGAAGAGAGAGAACUGCCUGGCUGAAAGAGGUCGGGAUGGAGAGGGAUUCGGUGUCCUCGAUGGUUGGAGAGAAGGGGUCGAAAACACUGAACUUGUCACAUUUUAGUGGAUCCUUCUACCUUUUCAUUAUUUGCAUUUUGGUCUGCAUUGUUACUUUCGGGAGAGAGUUUGUGGACUGUAAGAAUUUUGGUUGAAUUGAAAUGUCAUUUACCCGGUAUUGUUUUUGCUGGGAUAUACGGAUUUGCAUAUGUAUACAUACUUACUUACUUAAUACUUAUGUAUGUACAUAUAUGUAGAGUACAUAUGUACUUACUGGUCUGCUUUGUACUCGUAAAGUUACAUAUUUCUCAGUCGAGCAGAAUGCUUAUGCAAAAUAGUUUUAGGUUGAUGUUGAUUGAGUUAAAUAGACAAAAAAUUAGAUUUCUCUGUUCACCAAUUUAUGAAAUAUUAGAGGACUAACUAUCCAAUUAACCUCAAGUAAAGUAUGCACAUACAUAUGCACAUACGUAUACGUAAUUAUGUAUGUUGCGUGUAUGUUUUAGCUCCAGCCACACAUAGCUUAAGUAAAACUUAUUGUAAAUAUACAUUUAAGCUAAUUAUGUAAUUAGCAAUAUAAGUUCAUAAGACCAUGAAAAUUUAAUACAACUUGGACAAACCGAAUAAUAAGCUGAUGUACAUGUAAUACAUAGUACAUACACAUAUUUAAUUGCAAUUACGAAGUUUAAUAUCAUGCGGUAUCUUAACAGAAGGAGAUCCAUCCAUCAGUGUCUAGAG